AUGAAUCAGUCAAGACAAUAUGAAGCUAGUCCUCUUGAGGAAUCUGCAGAUAAUACUCGUGUCAGUUUGGAUGAUAACACUCGAUCUAAUAUCAGUCAAUCUUACCCUGGAACAAUGUCAGAGCAAAAUCAUUUGAAGUAUCUUCAAGAAGGAAAUCCAAGUGCCUCCCACCAGAAUUAUUUCGAUUGCUCUAAUUUCCUUCAUCUGAGUUUUCAUUCUAAGUUUAGUUAUGAGUGUUUCAAUUCUGUUAACAUGAAAGUAAUUGCAUGGAAUGUUCAAGGAUUUUUCUCGAGAGACACUAGAGAUUAUUUAGCUGCUGUUAUUAAGGAACAAGACCCAUAUGUGAUUUUUCUCUCUGAAACUAAGAUUAGUGCUGAUAGAGCACAAAUUUUAUGCCAGAGGUUUUCGUAUCCUAAUACUUGGUUUGUUAGCUCUGUGGGUCUAUCUGGAGGGUUGAUUCUACUAUGGAAGAAUGGUUUUCCAUGUUAUAUAGUUAGUAGUGCAGAUAACAUGAUUCAUGUCCUCAUUCAAUCUAAUCCAUCCAAGGAGGAAUGGCUCUUAACUUGCAUGUAUGGCUCUACUCAUUCUGAAGAGAGGAAAAAGCAAUGGAACUUCAUUAAAGACCUUAGUGAAAAUGUUUUCCAACCGUGGAUAGUUUUUGGAGAUCUUAACGUUCACAUUCAUAAUAAAGGUCGAAGUGCUUCUAGCUUGUCUUCGGACAACUGGGUUAGAACUGCAAUUGACUCUGCUGGUCUCAUGGAUUUAGGUUUUAUAGGUCACAAUUACACUUGGACUAACAUGUUAAAUGGUAGAGGAUAUAAAAGACGUCGAAUUGAUAUGGCUCUCCAUAAUGCUUUAUGGAUAGAACAAUAUCCAGACUCUAGGGAGUUUGGUCAUAUUAGUGAACAUGUCAACUACUACAAGAAUUUGCUUUCUCACUUACAAUCACUUCCUUUUAGUGAUACAAAUAGUGAGCAAAUUCAUUUUGUCAUAGACAGGUUGUCACAUUGGGAGAAAAUAGAAGCUGAAUAUUGGCAACAGAAAGCGGGUGAUCACUGGAUUCUGGAUGUUGAUAAUAACACUGCUUAUUUUCAUUCCAAAGCUAAUAGGAAGAGAGCUAGAAAUAACAUCACAACUUUGAAAGAUGUUAGUGGUAGAUGGUACCAUAAAAGGAAAGAGUUAGUCAAUUUACUAACUUCUCAUUUUUCCACCAUUGCCACUACCACAAAUCCUCAGUUGGAUGACUCUUACUUUCACAUUAUCCAACAAUUAGUCAAGGUCGAAGAUAAUCAAAGACUCAUGGAAGUACCAACUAAAGAAGAGAUUUAUGAGGUCCUCAAAAGUAUGUCUAGCUGGAGUGCUAUGGUUUUCCGGUGGGCUUUUAUGUUUCGCAAUGGGCUGUAG